GGUUCCAAGAGCAGAGCUCCGCACAGGUUCGUAUUGGAGCAUUGCUGGCCAAGAGGAUCAAUCGAAAACUUCGCUUGUGUUAGCACGAAGCAAAAGCUGUUCGACGUUCCGCAUCAGAGGGAUGUUGCGCACUCAGAACGAUCACUAAACCGUUCGCGUGUGAGACAAUCCAGCCCAGCUACCUCAGACAUAGGUGCCGCAUCUGACGUGAGCAACAGAACCUGGUCUUGAGUGCGACCCUGUCUGUGCUCGCAGGUUGUUAAUUCUACCACACGACGUCGAAGAAUCAAUCAACAGGACGUAUGAACAAUGCAGUGGAUACUCUCCCUGAUCGCGGCCAUCUGCUUUCUGGUCGCUGCGCAUGAGCUCAUCCAGCCCAUUGACAAGAAAUGGAGCUCAUUCCGGCGAUACAGGCUUCCAGCAGGGCCCAAAGGCUCUCCUAUUGUAGGCAAUAUGCUUGAAUUCUGGAGAAGUCGAUCAGCGGGCACUCUGGGCAAGACUUUCUUGGAAUUGCAGAGCUAUGGCGAAAUGGCCACUCUACACAUGGGCUCGACCCUGUAUGUGCUCCUCAACACUAAUCGAGUGACGAAAGAAAUCAUCGAUAAACGAGCGAAAGUCACACAUGAGAGGCCUCAUAUGCCAAUUUCUGGGACUUUGAUCAGCAAAGGCAUGAGGUCUGUCACGCAACCGACCAGGAUUUGGAGUGAGCUCAGGAAGCAAAUGCGGCCGCUGCUGAAUGAUGUCUGGACUAAGAAGUUUGAAGCAUGGCAAGAUUUCGAAAGUAUGCAUUUGCUUCGCUCGUAUCUGGACAAUUCGUCUCAAUGGUAUUUGCAUAACUCGCGUUAUGCCACUGGCGUCAUGUACGGAGUCAUCGCUGGCACGCGUCUGACCAAGACCGACGACGAGAUGACCUUGUAUCGGAAGACAACGAUGGAGUUCCUGGCAAGCAUACAAUCGACUGUCGUAGACUUCUUUCCCUGGCUUGAGAAUGUGCCAAAGCCGAUGCAGUUCUGGCGACGCAAGUGGGAGCUCAUUGGCGAUGACCAUUACCGGGUCUUCAUGUCCUGGUGGGACCCCAUCAAAGAUCUCGCCACACACGAAAAGACCUCAUCUUCGUGGGUCAAAGAUGUUCUGCUCAGCAACAACUCACAAUUCAGAGGCUCUGACGAUGAAGCCGGGUACUUGACCAAUACAGUCAUUUCAGCGGGAGGCGACAAUCCCCGGAUAGCCAUCAACACCUGUAUUAUGGCCAGCAUACUACAUCCAGACGCAGCAUCGCAAUGUCGCCAAGAGAUUGAAAGCAUUUGCUCCCAAAACGGCUCUAUUCGCCUUCCAAACGUAGCCGAUGUCCCACAGAUGCCUUACACCUGCGCCUUCAUCAAAGAAGUCCUCCGCUGGCGACCUGUAGUACCCAUGGUCCCUCCUCACACCGCAAGCGAAGACUUCGUAUUCGAAGACUGCGUCUUUCCAAAAGGCACCAACUUCCUCAUCAACAUCCCUUCCGUAUGUCGAGACUAUCCUGAGCCGGACGCUUUCGAACCAGAACGCUGGCUUGAUGGGAAUCAGGCUCGGAUGACGUAUGAUUUCUGGGGGUUUGGUGGUGGGAGAAGGAUUUGUAUUGGGUAUAAAGCGGUGCAGACCGCAUUGUUUUUGCCGUUUGCGAGGUUGUUGCUUUGCUUUGAGUUUCUAAAGGAUGGAGAUUUUGAUGAUAAGAAGGUGAAUUCGUGGAGCUCGACAGCGCCGUUUCCAGUGAAGUUCCAGGUGCGAAGUGCACAGCAUGAGCAACUCAUUCGUGGGCUGCUAGUAGAUUCAAGUUUCCCAGUACCGCAAUAGGCAAUUGAAGUGGAACAACUACAUAUCCUUUGGUCCAUACGCCCAAGAGCUCUAUUUAAGCAGAAGAGAAAGACGA